AUGUGGCUCUACAGAGGUGUGCAGUCGGCCGUCUUCUACUAUGUUACCUGCACUCCAUGUGCCAACACGCUGGACCGUCGAAAACGCAAGAAGGAGGCCGCGAGAGCCAAGCGGCAACAAGAGCGCCUGAACGCCCUGGUGACCGACCAGCCGAGACCGUUUGCCCAACCGACACCGUUUAGCACGAAUGAUGGAUGGAGGGAGGAGAUCGCCAUCGGGCCGGGUCCUCCUGCACGGAGACGGCCAGGCAUGAACUACAAUCACAACAACCACAAUCGGAUGGAGAGCUGGCGCACGGAUGAGGGGUUCCCCGACUCGUCCGCGGAAUCGAUGCCGGACAUCAUCUUGCAGGAUAAGGCCAAGUCGGGAGCGAAGAUCGGUGACCGCUGGCACUGGAUGCGAUAUCAACGGGAGGACGAGCCUCUAUGGGGUGAAGAAGUCAAGGGAUCCUCCGUUGGGAUCUCCGGCCGGGGUAGGGCAGACACAAGCCAUUCGAGCAAGUACUAUAUCGCCCGUGUGCCGCCGGUCAAUGAUCUACACCCCCCGAUCGUCAGUGGACCACGCAGCAAGGCGGAAACCAGAUGGAUGCUACAACCCCCACCCAGUGCUAAAGUCAUGGCUGGGAAGGAGCGGAUCCAUGGGCCUGUCAGUCAGUCACAUCUUUCGCCGUCAAAUCCCUCACAAGAACAACCGACAUCAUCGUCAUCAUCAUCAUCAAAAGAACAGCAAAGGUUGGAAAAGAAAAACUAUCAAUCUUCCCCGGUCACCAUCUCCCUGAACUCGACCACCACUACUACGACUAAUCCUGCCGAUCUGCCUCGGCGCCCCCCACCUCUUACCCUCUCCUCCUCCUCCAAAUUACCUCUAAGCAGCCAGACUCGGGACGACUCGUGCCUGGGGUCUGGGUCACCUUCGAUGGUGUCUUUCCCUGCAGACUCCAUCGAUAAAUGGUCGCCGACCCUAUCCUGGCAGUAUCCCGAGACACCCAGCUCGCGACCCGUGUCCAAGGCGACGGCUGACAGCGGGAAAUUCUUCCAAGCCGCAAUCUCCAAGUCGUUGUCGACGGUACAACGCAGCGAGACGACCAAGAAGAUCCACAUGGUGCGCCUAGAGAUCAGCGACGACGGUGAAGAGGAUCUCGACUUCGGGCACCUGGAACGCGUGCGACCGUGGCGGUGGAGCAUGGACAUCUAA